UCUGAAUAUAUUUAUUCAAUUAAAUAGGAUAUUAACGUUAUAAUAAAUUAGUUUCUGUGCUUCUAACUUUCUAUUCGCUACAAUUUGAGGCUCUGGUUCCAUUCAUUUACAUAGAUUCUCUCUCUCCUACCCUCCCUCCCUCCCUGUUUGUCUCCGCACUGUCUCCUCUUUAUGUUCUAUGGGUUUUGAUGUUCAGUGACAAGGAUUUCCUCUUCUGCUUUUCCGGGUUUGAUUAUAUUCAAGGGUUAAGGGAAUCAGAAGCCGGUAUUUCCCUCGGAAAUCAUUACGUUUCUAUUCCCUGCGCGUGUGAGCUUUCAGUUUCAGCAUCAUGUCACAGACUAACUGGGAAGCGGAUAAAAUGUUAGAUGUGUAUAUACAUGACUAUCUAGUGAAGAGGGAUUUAAAGGCUUCCGCACAGGCCUUUCAAGCUGAAGGAAAAGUAUCGUCUGAUCCCGUUGCUAUUGAUGCCCCUGGAGGUUUCCUCUUUGAAUGGUGGUCAGUAUUCUGGGAUAUAUUCAUUGCUAGGACUAAUGAGAAGCACUCCGACCCCGCUGCAUCGUACAUCGAGACUCAGUUGAUUAAAGCAAGGGAGCAGCAACAGCAUCAUCAACAACAGCAGCAGCAGCAGCAGCAACCCCAGCUGCCACAGCAUCAACAACAGCAACAGCAGCAGCAGCAUAAUAUGCAGAUGCAGCAGCUCUUGUUGCAGAGGCAUGCUCAACAGCAGCAGCAGCAGCAGCAGCAGCAACAACAGCAGCAGCAGCAGCAGCAGCAGCAGCAACAGCAGCAGCAGCAGCAGCAGCAGCAACAACAACAGCAGCAGCAGCAGCCACCGACACCACAACAUCAGCGAAGAGAUGGAGCCCACAUCCUUAAUGGAAGUACAAAUGGCCUUGUUGGAAAUGACACUCUAAUGCGACCAAACCCUGGAACUGCAAAUGCAUUGGCCACAAAGAUGUAUGAGGAAAGAUUAAAAUUGCCUCUCCAGAGGGAUUCUUUGGAUGAUGUUAAUAUAAAGCAAAGAUUCGGUGACAAUGUGGGCCAGCUUUUGGAUCCAAAUCAUGCCUCAAUACUAAAGUCAGCUGCAGCAACUGGCACUCCUUCGGGGCAAGUGUUGCAUGGUACAGCUGGUGGGAUGUCUCCACAAAUUCAAGCUCGCAAUCAACAACUACCGGGGUCCACACCGGAUAUAAAGAGCGAGAUUAAUCCGGUUUUAAAUCCCAGAGUCGCAGGUCCUGAAGGAUCAUUGAUAGGAAUUCCUGGGUCAAAUCAAGGUAGUAAUAAUUUGACUCUAAAAGGAUGGCCACUCACAGGACUGGAUCAGCUUCGCAAUGGGCUUCUUCAGCAACAAAAGCCUUUUAUACAGGCACCUCAGCCCUUUCAUCAACUCCAGAUGUUACCACAACACCAGCAACAGCUUUUGCUUGCACAGCAAAACUUGACCUCACCAUCUGCAAGUGAUGAAAGUAGAAGACUAAGAAUGCUUUUGAAUAACCGGAGCAUGGGUCUUGGAAAGGAUGGCCUUUCAAAUUCUGUUGGUGAUGGGCUUCCCAAUGUUGGAUCACCUCUUCAAGCUGGUGGCCCUCUUUUGUCUCGUGGAGACACAGAUAUGCUGAUUAAGUUGAAAAUGGCUAAUUUACAACAGCAACAGCAGCAACAGAACAAUAAUCCACAACAGCAGCAGCAGCUUCAGCAGCAGCAGCAGCAGCAGCAGCAUGCUCUUUCAAAUCAGCAAUCUCAGAGUUCAAAUCACAAUCUUCACCAACAAGAUAAAAUGGGUGGUGCUGGCAGUGUAACUGCUGAUGGUAGCAUGUCAAAUUCCUUUCGAGGAACUGAUCAGGUUUCUAAAAACCAGACUGGGAGAAAAAGAAAGCAGCCAGUGUCAUCUUCUGGUCCUGCCAAUAGCUCAGGAACUGCUAACACAGCAGGGCCCUCUCCAAGUUCUGCACCGUCAACUCCUUCAACACAUACACCUGGAGAUGUGAUAUCGAUGCCUGCUUUGCCUCAUAGUGGUGGUUCUUCAAAGCCAUUGAUGAUGUUUGCUGCUGAUACAACUGGCACCCUUACAUCACCAUCAAAUCAAUUGUGGGAUGAUAAAGAUCUUGAAUUGCAGGCUGAUAUUGAUCGUUUUGUAGAGGAUGAGGAUAAUGUUGAAUCUUUUUUAUCCCAUGAUGAUACCGACCCUAGGGAUGCUGUGGGUCGUGGUAUGGACAUGAGCAAAGGGUUCACAUUUACAGAAGUGCAUUCUGUUCGAGCAAGCAUAAGCAAAGUUGUCUGUUGCCACUUCUCAUCAGAUGGGAAAUAUCUUGCUAGCGGUGGCUCUGAUAAGAAGGCUGUGUUGUGGUCCACAGAUUCUUUCAAGGCAAAAAUCUCACUUGAAGAACAUUCAUUUAUGAUUACUGAUGUCCGGUUCAGUCCGAGCAUGCCACGACUUGCAACAUCUUCAUAUGACAGAACUGUCAGGGUUUGGGAUGCUGACAAUCCUGGUUAUUCACUUCGUACCUUUACGGGGCAUUCUUCUGCUGUUAUGUCACUUGACUUCCACCCAAAUAAGGAUGACCUCUUUUGCUCUUGUGAUAGUAAUGGUGAGAUACGAUACUGGAGUAUUAACAAUGGCAGCUGCACAAGAGUGUUUAAGGGUGGUAUGACCCAAGUGAGAUUUCAACCCCGUCAUGGAAGGUACCUUGCUGCAGCUGGACAGAGUGUUGUAUCUAUUCUGGAUGUGGAGACACAAGUUUGUCGGCAUUCAUUACAGGGACAUACUAAGGAAAUCAAUUGUCUGUGCUGGGACCCUUCUGGUGAGUUCUUAGCCUCUGUCAGCGAAGACUCUGUUAGAGUAUGGAGCUUUGGAUCAGGGAGUGAAGGAGAAUGUGUACAUGAGCUCAGCUGUAAUGGCAAUAAAUUCCAUUCCUGUGUUUUUCAUCCUACACACCCUUCAUUGCUGGUCAUUGGCUGUUAUCAGUCUUUGGAGCUUUGGAACAUGGCCGAGAACAAGACGAUGACUCUUUCAGCUCAUGAAGGACUCAUUGCUGCAUUGGCUGUGUCAACUGUCACGGGAUUGGUUGCAUCAGCUAGUCAUGACAAGUUUGUUAAGCUGUGGAAGUGAUACGAUUGUCUUCAAGUAACUACACUUGCAUCAUUACAGGAUUAGUUUUCCUUUCAUUCACCGCAGAUUAUAUCUUUGUAGUUUGUAUGUUUGAUUGCUUGAUCUGCUCGCGUAUUUAUCUUUCCUUUUGGAUCAUUUUGAGCUACAUCUCACACCAAAAACUAACCUUGUAAUAUUGUGUCUUAUGCCUGUUCCAGUACCUACUUUUUGCUGUCUUG